UGACUUUUCUUUUCUCUCUGCAGAAUGGGACCUCCUUGGUAUCUCUUGCUCUUGGCGGCCUUAGUUGGUGCCCGUGAGUGUCCUGAUGGGUCAAUUUGUGAUAAUGAGAGUGCCACCCGUGCUCUUCCCAUGAUUACUAAUGUUGCCUGCACAAAGCAGAUGGGCUGUCCUGAAGAAUAUUCCUGUGUGGAGACUCCUCGGGGUGGAUCGGCCUGCUGUCCGCUAGAUCAGGGUACCCCUUGCCAAGAUGAACAUCACUGCUGUCCUUCAGGCACUCAUUGUUCAGAAGAUGGGCACUCCUGUUUGCCAGGUAGCAAUCAGUCGUCAAUAAUCUGCCCUGAUGGUGCAUCAGAAUGCCCAAGUGCCACCACAUGCUGCCAGUUGGCUGACCAAAAAUGGGGAUGCUGCCCAAUGGAACAGGCUACAUGCUGCAAUGAUCAUUUUCACUGCUGCCCACACAACACCCAAUGUGACCUGGAGCAUGGCACUUGUGUCUCUGGAAAUGCAGUGGUUCCCAUGUCCAAAAAGCUUCCUGCCAGGAUGAAGCUGCAGACCUCUGUGAAUACCCACCGGACAACUUGCAAAGAUGGUUCCACCUGUCCUGAUGGCAGUACGUGCUGUGAGCUGGGUGGCCGGUCAUUUGGAUGCUGCCCAUUAAUAUCUGCUGUCUGCUGUGGAGACCACAUUCACUGCUGUCCUUCAGGGACCACCUGUGACCUCGUUCAUAAGAAGUGCGUUUCUGCAGAUUCUGAGACACCAAUGUUUACAAAGAUCCCAGCUCUGCACAAGCAAGCCACAGUGCAAUGUGACGCUACAUCCACCUGCCCUGGCACAACUACCUGCUGCCGUUUGCCCUCUGGAGAAUGGGGAUGCUGUCCAUUUGAAAAGGCUGUGUGCUGCUCUGACCAUGUCCAUUGCUGUCCCAAUGGAUAUACAUGCACAGGAAGUGGCUGUGUGCAAGGCCAGGACUCCAUCCCUUGGUUAAAGAAGAUACCGGCUCUGAAGGAAGAGACCACAGUGCAAUGUGACGCUACAUCCACCUGCCCUGGCACAACUACCUGCUGCCGUUUGCCCUCUGGAGAAUGGGGAUGCUGUCCAUUUGAAAAGGCUGUGUGCUGCUCUGACCAUGUCCAUUGCUGUCCCAAUGGAUAUACAUGCACAGGGAGUGGCUGUGUGCAAGGCCAGGACUCCAUCCCUUGGUUAAAGAAGAUACCUGCUCUGAAGGGCAAGAGCAAUGACGUUCCAUGUGAUCCAACCGCUUCCUGUCCUGAUCAGUCCACCUGCUGCCGCCUUCCUUCUGGCGAGUGGGGUUGCUGCCCCAUUGAGAAGGCUAUCUGCUGCUCUGAUCAUUCCUUCUGCUGUCCCAGUGGGUGGAGGUGUGAACAGGCUACCUGUUCCAUAGGCCAGCUUUCUUUACCAUGGCUCGGCAAGACUCUUACAAGUGCACAGGUCAAGUGUGACAAGUCUCACAGCUGUCCCGAUGGUACAACAUGCUGCCAUACAGAGGGUGGAGGUUGGGCCUGCUGCCCCCUGGAAGAGGCUGUGUGCUGCUCAGAUCACCUGCAUUGCUGUCCUAGUGGGUACACUUGUGAUGUCACGACUGCAACCUGCAACAAACCAGUUGAUGAGGCUGCUGCCCCAGAGCCCGCUUCACCAGUGGCACCUGUGGGCUAUGUCUGGUGUGAUGGCACACAUGCUUGUUAUGAUGGGCAGACUUGCUGCACAGGACCUGGUGGUUUAUGGACAUGCUGCCCUUAUACACAGGGUGUGUGUUGUCCAGACAGAGUCCACUGCUGUCCUUACGGUCACAUUUGUCUGAGCGGUGGGGCUGCUUGUAGCCGGUCUGGGAAUCCACGAUGGGACUUGGGAUGGAUUAAGGGGAAACAACCCACACUGUGACAAGGCUGACACUAAUUGCACUGAUUUUGUUGUUUUUGCCCCG